AUGCUCCAGUUGGUUGUCACCAACACCAACAAGAAAAUCAAUAAGUUUCGCGCAACUCUCUCGCCUAACAUCCUCGAUUCAGACAAGAUAACUUACCUUCAUGAGACUACAGCAUGUGAAAUACGUGCUAUCAUGGGAAUGCUGUACGCCCGGGGAAUGCUUGGCCAGAAUCUUCUGCAUGUAAACUGGCUCUUUGGUGAGCAUGUGGGUCAUCCCAUAUUUGGAGCGACAAUGAGCAAAAACCGUUUCAAGUUUCUGAUGACUAAACUUUCGUUUGACGACGAAGACACGAGACCAGCAAGGUGGCAAAAUUAUCGGUUUGCAGCCUUCCGGGAGCUACACGACAUGAUGAACAAGAACUGCGCCCAGGCAGUCACUCCCAAUGACUUCAUCACCUUGGAUGAGACCCUCUAUCCCAUGCGCACCGGAAUUGGUUUUCGCCAGUACAAUUGA